UUCCUGCCUUCCUCAUCUUUGCCCGAUCGCGGCGUUGUGGUGUCGGAGAGAACGAUGUCGCCUAAGGUGUCGGCGCUGGAUAUGCCAGACGUGCCGAUGGGGCAGCUUCCGGAGCACCUUCACCUCCAGCGGACCCGCGUCGUCUGUAAGGCCGACGCCCCCAUCCAUACAGAAGGUAUUCAGUACUCUGGUGCUUAUGCAUCGAUUGGAGUUGACAAUAGUGUGGGUGUGGACAGUUUCUGCAAGAACUUUAAGGUCAAAGUUGUCAGGCUUACUAACGACGAGAUUGAAUUUGAUAUGAUUGGCAUUGAUGCUUCAUUGGCUAAUGCAUUCAGGAGGAUCCUUAUUGCCGAGGUCCCUACUAUGGCCAUCGAGAAAGUCCUCAUGGUCAAUAACACAUCCGUUGUAGCGGAUGAGGUGCUUGCCCACAGGCUGGGUCUCAUUCCACUUAAUGCUGACCCAAGGCUAUUUGAGUAUCUCUCAGAAAAUGAUGCUCCAAAUGAACGGAAUACUAUUGUCUAUAAGUUGGAUGUGUCGUGUAAAAAAGGCAGUCCACGUGUUACAGUUAAGUCAGAUCAAUUGAAGUGGCUGCCACAUGGCAGUGAACUUCAAAUGGAUUCCCAUGACAUUUCUGCGAAAGCAAAAAGCUAUACCUCAUUCAGCUGUAUUCAAGAUUCCCUGCCAGAAUUUUCAAAAAAGCCACUCGGUGUGAAGUUUGAUGACAUCAUUAUUGCUAAACUUGGGCCAGGCCAGGCAAUCGAGCUUGAAGCUCAUGCUGUUAAAGGCAUUGGCAAAAUUCAUGCCAAAUGGUCUCCUGUGGCUACAGCUUGGUACCGGAUGCUUCCCGAGGUUUCUCUAUUGAAAGAAGUCACCGGUGAUGUUGCUGAGAAGCUUGUAAAGAAAUGUCCAGUUAAUGUCUUUGAUAUUGAAGACCUCGGAAAUGCAGGUGGAAAGAAGGCAGUGGUAGCGAACCCGCGUGCCUGUACACUGUGCAGAGAAUGCAUUCGGGGGGUAAAUGAAGAACUAGUGGAACUAAGACGUGUUAAAGAUCACUUUAUCUUUACUAUCGAAUCCACUGGGGCUUUAUCACCAGAAGAGCUAUUCGCUGAAGCUGUGAAAAUAUUGGAAGACAAAUGCGACCGGGUGAUAUCUGAACUCUCUUAGUACAUGUAUGUUCUCCUGGAGAACCGAGAAAUGUAACAAUUGUGCUAAAAUUAUAUUUAGGGAAACUUAGUUUUACUUCUGUAACCUUAGAUAUAUUGUAGAAGUAAAUCUUUAGUUCAAUGAACUGAGUGAUUGCUCUGUAGUCUCUGGAUUUAUAUGUGCAGUAUUAAUUUGAAAGAAGAAACUUUGGCAA